AUGAACCACGCCCAAAAGAAAAUCUGGAGCCGCCCGGAAGUGACGUCAGAGAUGGAUCCCUUCUUUUUAACCCCAUUGGAGAAAAACGCGGAUGUUGAUCGCCAAGGGAAGAAGCAGCGCACCACGAGAAAACUAUUCAGCUGCAGGUUCUGUGGUUACGUGACCAACAGGAAAGGUAACAGAGACACACACCUUCGGACACACAGCGGGGAAAGGCCGUACAAGUGCCGUUUCUGUAACUACGCUGCCGCCUACCGGAGUUCGGUGGUAGUGCAUGAACGGCGACACACCGGUGAAAGACCGUACAGGUGCCCUGCCUGCACGUACUCAGCUCUGCAGAAGACUUCGCUGAACCAGCACAUGUUGAAGCACCACCCUUCACACUGGCACCGCCUCAUGGCCAAGACUGGCCGUGCUGACCGUCAGACAACGCCAUGGUGCGAAACGAUGCAGCCCACCACAGAUGCGGACAGCAUGGCUUCAGCAUAUACCGAGGUUGGCCGCAUGGGGGCGUUCGUGUCCGAGGAACCUGAUGAGGUGAAUCAGAGGAAAGACGAAACCAGCACAGAGACUACUAAAGAUGAAAAUGAUUCAAUAGCUAUUAAGGAUGGUGAUUGUUCGCUAAAUAGCUCGCUUGAUUUCUCAAAGAAAGAGGGACAAGUGCCACUCCGUCCAUCAGUUAUUCGGAAGGUUGAAGACAGUGGGUUGAAGGUCGGGACCCCCACACAGGGACAGGGGUGUGUGGUUCUUACCAUUCCGUCCGUCCGGUCAAGACUUUUCAGUCAUUCUUCUUACAAUACCACAUCUGAUCACCGACAUCACCUUAAACAGAAUCAAGUCCAUAUCGAAAACUGUUCCUCUGAAAAAGUCAUCAGAAUAAAUGAUGUGGAGAGGCCAUUUCAGAGUUCCCAUUCUGCAAGUGCAGACGUGCAGAAGAUGACCGGCCCGACAGGGGGCGCUACUAGAACGGAGGCCACAAGGUCAUCGUCGGGCCCAGGUCAACAACAGCUCGACAUCUUUGACUCUUCAACAAAUGAAAACAAUGUUUAUCCGCGUAUUAAGAUGAGAGAGCAGAAUGUCCCAAAUGGGUUUAAAACACGAACCACCGACGCUCUACGGCUAGAGGACGCACCGAUAACAUCCCCUGCAAAUAUAGCAACAGGUGAUAUCGCUCCGACGUAUGACACUGUCACUACUGAGGUCACAAAGAUGAGGAACGAACCCGAAGCGUUGUUCAACCCAAAUCUUUAUGAACAAAGGUUGAACGAAGGUCAUCACCAUAUUUCACAAGGGUUUCAUGGUUGUUACUACUGCGGUAUUAUCUUCACAGACAAGAUUAUGCACGACAUCCAUGCCAGCUACCACGGACAUCAGGACCCUUUCCGCUGCAAUAUGUGUGGGUUACUAUGUCCGGACAGAUAUGCUUUCUAUCUGCAUUUGCACAAAAUAAUCCAUCGUUAACGUUAACGCCUGAUGCCACGUUAGUUCAUAUCUCAGUCUACCUUAAUAACUAUAGUCAUCUAGUCUACAUGUAUACUUGUUGUCAGUCUACUGGUCAAUCUUGACCCAUAGCCUACUCUGCAGUACUACUGCUCAUUGCCUUGAGAAAAGUGGCUAAAACGAAUAGUAGUUGUCUACCGUAGUGUAUGUGUCCUGUACAUUGUCACCUUCUGAUAGGCUACUUUAUGCAACUUUCAUUCAAUUCAUAUUUGUGAAACUAGAAGACAUAUACGUUGCACAAACUUGUCAAAGACGCUAGGCAGUACCGAUGAAGAACUUCCAAUGGACGAGGUUGUAAGUGGGAUGUAGAGUUGCACUUGAUUUUCCCCAAUAUCAACAAACACUGUUAUAUAUUACUCUUCCCAAACCUGCCCAGCCAAGCACACAGUGGCGUCGCCAAAAACAACAACAAACGAUACAGCAAUUGCAGUCCAACACCAUUUCGAGAGGCUAACAAAUUCUAAAAGGCAUACAACCGUUACUUUGUGUAUUAGGUAAAAAGGGGCACAAUAACAGCAUUAGAUUACAUCAAUGAAAUUUAAAGACAACUAUAAACACUUGUACAGAAAUCUUAACCAAUCGACCUAGUUUUACAUUCAUGGCGGUGUAGAAUUUCGUGCUUUGCUAUACAAAGUUCCCCUAUUAGGGACACAAGAGUGUUGUCAACAUCCAUGCAUGGUCUGCUUCCUUUCUUGUUUAUAAAGCAAUGGAACAAACAAACAAAAAAGCUGUGUAAAUACGACACUGUGAUUUGGAUAUUAUCACUGUAAACGUUCUUACUCGUUGCAAUCAAUAUAUACCAUUUAACGUCUGCGAAUGUUAUGACUGCAGUUAUAAUGUCUUUAUUCACCACAAAAAACUUUAAGCUUUCCACUCCACAGACUUGUACUAUAGGAUAUACUCAGAUCAGGACUGACUACGUGUAGUCGUAGAUACAGUUGUCGUACGUGACCUCACGUCCAGAAUCCAGUGCACUUUGGGCAGUCCAUCAUUUUCUCGUUAUGCCCACUUGACUCUGACAGGAAACACGGUGGGCAUUGUACCGUCUGAACAAUUUGUAACCACAAGACAUGAACAGCACUGUCGCAAAAUUACUUCUUGGGACUUAUUCGUUUAACAAUUUAUAGCGAAAACUGAUCCAUGUAUGAAAUAUUCAAACAACAUUUCAUGAUUAAAGAUACGAAACACUCAGUGACCCUGGAUUCAUCACUGAUGAAGUGUCCUUGCUGCAGACUAUCAGAGUGUAUUCUAGAGUUGUCAUAUUUUAUCCCUGAACAGUAUGUUUGUACAAAACUAAUGCACUGCUUUAGACUGUUGUGGAAAUACAAGUACUGUGGUUGAAUGAGUUGCACUCCCCAAAGUGCCCCUGGUUUAAACACCUUGGUAACCGUGUAUCA